UACUUCUUUCCAGCAGGGUCGCUGGACCAUUCUCUCAGUUCCAGAGUAGCAUUCUCGUUCCUGACGGGUGUGCUGUCUCUUUUCUCCUUCAUUGGUAACUCGUCGGUCAUUCACGUUGUUAGGAAAAACCAAAACAUGAAGUCUACCACUUAUCUCCUGAUACUCAACAUGGCGUGCGGAGAUUUGGUGAUAGCGUCUUGGACUGGUGCUUCGUUAAUCAAAUAUUUGCUCCCUAAAUCAGUUUGGCCCAUCGGGAGUUUUGGAAGAGUUUUAUGUAAAACAAGCCUGUACAUUGGUUUGGUUUCCUUUCUUGCAUGUAUUUUUAGCUUGGUUGGUAUAACAAUAGAUCGCUUCAUGGCAGUUAGUCGACCCCUGAAACACAAGCCUUGGUCAAAGUGGACCAAAAUAACCAUUCCGGUCAUAUGGGCAACGUCCUUUCUGCUGCCCGUUGGUACUUUGUUAGAAAUAGAUGAAAUACCCAGUCAGUCAGGGAACACUACCUGUAGUGCUACGAUAUCCCAUGCCAAUUUCAUUAUACUUGCGUCAUGUUUUCUUCUACCGUUUGCGUUAAUGUCAGUUCUUUAUCCCCUGAUCAGUUAUCGUCUCUGGAAGAGGAAGGUGCCAGGAGAAUUCAAUGCCCGGCAACAGCAAAUAGCAAAUCGCACGGCGCGAAGAGUCACAUUUAUGAUGAUCACAGUGAUAGUCAUCUUUUUCAUAUGUUGGGCGCCACAAUUUGUUUUUUCGUCGCUGCAUCUAUUCGCAGUGCGGCUAGUGAUAAAAGCACCGAUAUGGCUGAUUCCUUUUAUCAUUUUGUUGAAGAUAUUCAACGGUGCAGUAAAUCCUUUUGUCUACGCGGUAUUUAAUGAAUCCUUUCGAAAAGGCUUUAGAGACAUUCUCGAUUGUGACAAGCUCCGUGAGCACAAUACAAGGGAUCUGCGACUGCAGCAAUGCACUAAUACCCAAACGAAACGUGAGCCAGCUCAACAUGUCCAAUUACUAAACUUCAAUUCUAUAACUUACAGUGGAAUGUAUGAGAAGUAAAAGCCCUGGUGCCGUGGGCGUGUCUCGUGAUGAACCACUGAUGACUCCAAAAGGAGAUUAGAACAAAAACGUGGCUCACUGACGAGAAGCAGCCGAGU